AUGGAAACUCGAGCAAAUAAUCUUAAUUUGACUGAAAAAGAGGAAGAGGUGCUUAUUCAGUAUAUUAUCGAUAUGGAUGAAAGAGGAUUUGCACCUAAAUUAAGUGGUGUAGAAGAUAUGGCGAAUUAUAUUCUCGAAUUAAGAGGUGCGAAGAGAGUUGGAAAGCUCUGGGCUCAUCGAUUCGUAAAGCGUUGUACAAAAUUAAAGACGUGUUUUAGUCGUGUUUAUGACUUUCAAAGAGCUCUCUGCGAAGAUCCCAAGCUUAUUGAAGAGUGGUUUGGAUUGGUAUCGAAUAUGCAGGCGAAAUAUGGUAUUAUUGGGUUUCUUGAGACCAGAAAGAGCAUCAGAUUGAAUUGA